AGAUUAAAUCAUCGACAAACAACGACUAACGGCCUCUCCACACACCCCCUCUCUUUCGUUUUCUCUUCCUCCACGAAGGACUCCGCAGUUUCCCUCUCCUUUCCUUCUCCUUUCCCCUCUUUCCAGAGCCACCGCAUCCCCCGCGGCUCUCUCUCCCCUGCCCCCUCUCUGCUCUCUGCUCUCUAGCGCUUUCACGGAGCCGAGAAUGACGGACCUGUCCGGGGCGGAGCGGCGGCACGAUGAGCCUGACAGCGCGGACGACGAGGCGAAGAAGGCGGUGCACCAGCUGGACACGCGCAACGUCGCGCGGCUGAGCGAGCUGAAGCGCUUCGUGUGCCUGACAGCGGCGUGCUUCGCCAUGAUCUGCGCGUCCACGUCGUACGCCUUCAACCUGUUCAGCGGGAGUCUGCAGGCGGAGUACAACUACGACUCGCGCGCCAUGUCGACGAUCAACUCCGUGGGCAUGGUGUUCGCGUACUUCCUGAUGCCGUACGGGUUCAUUUGCGACUACUUCGGCCCCUUCCCCGUCUACGUGAUCGCGACGACCUACUUCUCGCUGGGUGCGCUACUGAUGGGCCUGACGUUCCAGGGCGUUGUGACGGGCAGCGUUGUGCGCUUCUGCGUGUUCAACGCGCUGCUGAGCCUGGGCAGCCAGCUGUUCGACCUUGCGAGCAUGACGGCGAUCGUGAGCAUCUUCCCGACGCGCAAGGGCUGGGUGAUCGCGCUGCUGAAGACGCUGAUGGGGCUGGGCUCCGCGAUCAUCGCGGCCAUCCAGACCGGCUUCUUCGCCACGACGCCCGCGAACUACUUCUACUUCCUGAUGGCGCUUGUGAUCGUGGUGGCUGCGUGCGUGAUGUCGCUGGUGCGGUUGCCGUCGUAUCACCUGACCGGCUACGAGCAGCGCCACCUGAGCGAGGAGGCGAAGGAGCGGCGCAUGGAGCACCGCGUGAGCUACCUGACGCAGGAGCCGCCGAUGUGGCGCUUCUACUACGGCAUCGUGGUGAUCCUUGUGCUGGUGGUGUACCUGCCGGCGACGAGCGCGGUUGUUGCGUUUUGCGGCAUCCAGCAGAACGGCAAGCGCGCGAUUGCGAUUGUAGCCAUUGUGCUGACGCUGCUGCUGCUGUGCAUCAUGGCGCCGUGCCCGUGGCUGGACCGCCUGACGACGAAGAGGGGCGCCAACUUGGAGGACGAGGAGUCGGAGGAGUGCAUGGCAGACGAGCCGCUGGAGCUGGAGGGGCUGCCGGCGGAGAAGCGUCUGGCGACGUCCUCGUCCGCCUCGACUCCGGACGACGAGCGGCGCAACCGCAGCGGGGAACCCGUCGACGACGACCUCUGCCGCGACGACCUGCAGAUGAACGCGAGCGAGGAUGCGGCCGCGAAGUGCCGCGGGGGCGCCGUGAAGACGGACGUGGACUUCGUCGCCCCGCAGUUCCAGACGACGUUCCUGCAGAGCUGCUGCACGGUGCGGCUGUGGUGCAUCUUCUGGACGAUGUUCUGCGGUCUCGGCUGCGAGUUCGUGAUCAUCUUCAACGCCCGCUUCAUCUUCCAGGCGCUGACGGAGGCGGAGACGCUGGACUCGACGAUUGCCGCGCUGCUGACGGUGCUGAACGGUGCGGGUAGCGCUCUGGGACGUCUCUCCAUGUCAUUCUUUGAGAUGUAUACGCAAACGCAGCGUCCGGAGGACCGCAUCCUCAUCACGUACGCCCUCUUUGUGCCGACCACGUUUCUGAUCGUGUCGAUUGCGCUAUUCUUGGCGCUGCCGGGCCGCUCCCUGCUGCUCGCGUACUCAAUUGCGGCGCUGGGCAACGGCUUCUGCGCGAGCAUCACGAUCUUGGUGGUGCGCACCAUCUACGCAAAGGACCCUGCGAAGCACUACAACUUCGGCAUCAACGCGCUGGUGCCGGCGGCCAUCCUGCUGAACCGCCUGCUGUACGGCGAGUGGUACGCGGUGCAGGCGGACAAGCAGGGCCGCAAGGUGUGUCUGGGCCGCGGCUGUGUGCUGAUGCCGAUGCUUGUGAUGAUGGGCCUGAACAUGACGGCGUUCCUGUCCACCGUCUACGUGCACUUCAACUACCGCAACUUCUGCCGCAAGGUGAUGGCGGAGCGCCGCCGCAUCAAGGAGGAGGGCGAGGAGGCCGCUGCGACGCGUGGGGUGGAGGAGGCGUCGCAGAUCGCGUAG